AAACAUGUUCCCGCCAAACCUAAUUGAGGCCGCCAUCGGACAGGGACAAAUCUCGAUAAAAGUCCCCGAGCAGUACAAGGCCAAUCCGCGGUACUACAACAAGACUUUCGACCUGAAAGACCACUACACAGAGUGGGAGUUUGAAGAAAAACUGGAAUUGAGGAGUACAAACGUUUUGGGUUUGGUAACUUUUAGCGUGGUGCUAGGAGUUACAAUAGGCAAAAUGGGUCACCGAGGACAACCUCUGCUCAUAUUUUUCGAAAGGCUGAGCGAAGCUAUGAUGAUUAUAACUGGAUGGGUCAUAUGGUUAUCGCCUGUAGGUGUCUUCUUCUUGGUAAUUGCGCAGAUUAUGGACAUACCAAGUUUCGCGGCUUUGCUGGGACAGCUGGGAUUGUACUUUGGCACAGUACUUUUGGGUUUAUUCCUGCACGGAUUUGGGACAUUAUCCGUUAUUUACUUUGUAUGUACGCGGACGCUGCCAUUUAGAACAAUCGCAGGUCUUAGUCAAGUGUUAGCCACGGCUUUUGGAACAGCCUCCAGUUCCGCGACCAUGCCCAUAACAAUCCAAACACUAGAUAACAUGGGUUUGGAUCCGAGAGUGACACGGUUCGUUAUACCAGUCGGGGCGACUAUUAACAUGGACGGAACCGCCUUGUACGAGGCAAUUGCUGCUAUUUUCAUAGCUCAGCGAAACGGACUGGAUUUGGGGAUAGGACAUGCAGCUGCAAUAUGCAUCACUGCCACAGCGGCCAGCAUAGGCGCUGCUGGAAUUCCACAGGCAGGUCUAGUAACGAUGGUUAUGGUUUUGGACACUGUCGGUUUGCCUGCUGAUCAGAUUUCAAUUAUAUUGGCCGUAGAUUGGCUACUGGACCGGUUCCGCACAACCAUUAACGUAAUGUGCGACUGCCUUGGGGCGCGAUUGGUCGAUAUGUUGAGCGCUUCGGAUUUAAGAAAGAUGGACGAACUGGACAAAGCGAAUGCAGAUACACACGAAUUAGUUGAAGUCGUAAAAGGAGACGUGUAAAUAACUCGAGAUUUAAACGUUUCAGUUUCUUUUGCCAUGUCCACCAAAUAAGGGUAGUUGCGAUCUUUCAUAUCACUGUACAUACCUGUAGCGUGUCCAGGUUUAUACAUAUAGUCAUUUAUAAAUAUUGAUAUUUUUGGAGUAACUUUUGACAUUGGACAAUAAUUAGAGGCACUAGAUCUAUCCACUGGAUGGUAGAGCGUUUAUGGCAGUUCUAAACUGUUUUAGCCAUCAUGUUUUGUAUCAUUGUUUGUAAAUAUUUCGCAUGUUUUUCAGUUAUAGGCACCCACCUAUUUAUUUAUUGUAAAAUUCGUUAAAAUUAGCGUUAUGGAUUUUGAUAAAACUGUACGUUUUGAAUUGCAUUUAACAAUUGUUUUUAUUACGUUACUACUAAGUUAUACGCUCUAUGAAUAUAAUUUUAAGAUAUUUGUUAUAAAUUAGGGACCAAUUUUAGUUUUUUUUUAAUUGUUAACUGAAGUUAAGUUCUCGUGAAAUUUAUUUAUGUAAAGAUCCAUGUAAGCUUCAAAUGUCUGUCUAAUCUGAAUGUCUUUAUCCAUACAGUUUAUAAACGUAGAAGAAGGAUAAAUGGUUUUAUUGGUCCAGUUGUUAAAUUACCAAUUUUAUUAGAGAUAAUCAUUAUUGUUGUUUUUAUAAAAAUCAAUGUUACUACCUACAUAAAAUUUUAAUGGUAAUUAUGUACCUACAGUAGUUAUCCCAGACAUCUAUAAAAAUACCUACUGUUCCCGUUAAUGUCAUAGGUACUUUAUGUGCAGUGACCUAAAAAAUAGUCAUACUUUAUUGAGAGUACUUCUAAGUCAUAUAUCUAAUACGUAAAUAUUGUCAUUAUUUUCAAUAAGUAAGUACCUAGUGUUAUUUAAGUACAGUGUGCAGCUUUACGAAAUGUUUGUUUUUGAUGUACAAAAAUAAAGCACAAGGAAAUAUU